CUUUAUGCUGAGCUGUGGCUCGACCAAUCACAGAGCACUUCUCACUCAGCUCAUCCAGGCUCAGUUCAUGGUGCGUAAAUGUUUUGGUGAUACUUCAGUGACACUUUCUCUCACCUGUUUGUCACUUUUCACUAAUUAUGGCCACGCGCGUUCGACCGAGUAACAAACGGUGCGCAGUCAUCGGGGGGUCUGGUUUCCUGGGCAGACACCUGGUGGAGAAGCUGUUGGACCGAGGCUACUCUGUCUCUGUGUUUGACAUCCGUCAGAGCUACGAGCUGCCUGGUGUCACCUUCCACCAGGGAGACCUCUGCGACCAACAGGCUCUGCUACCAGCUAUGAAGGACGUGUCCCUGGUCUUCCACUGUGCCUCCCCAGCCCCUGCCAGCGAUGACCGCGGGCUAUUUGAGAGGGUCAACAUUCAGGGCACACGCACCGUUAUUCAGGCCUGCAUCGAGGCUGGAGUACAGAAACUGGUCCUGACGAGCAGUGCCAGCGUGGUGUUUGAAGGGACAGACAUUAAGAAUGGGAAAGAGGAUCUACCAUACGCCAAGAAGCCCAUCGACUAUUACACAGAGACCAAGAUUAAGCAAGAAAAGCUGGUCCUCGAGGCUUGUGACAAGGAGAAGGGUUUCCUCACAGUUGCCAUCCGGCCUCAUGGCAUCUUUGGCCCUCGGGACCCACAGCUGGUUCCUAUUCUAGUGGACACGGCUCGCAGGGGCAAGAUGAAGUUCAUCAUUGGUGACGGGACCAAUCUGGUGGAUUUCACCUUUGUGGAGAAUGUAGUUCAUGGCCACAUCCUGGCUGCUGAACGCCUGAGGCCCGACUCCCCCAUAUGUGGAAAACCGUACCACAUCACCAAUGACGAGCCAAUUAGAUUCUGGGACUUCAUGUCUGAGGUGUUGGUUGGUCUGGGUUAUGCUGCCCCCCGCUAUCACCUCCCCUACGCUCUUGUGUACGGCCUGGCCCUGCUCCUCUGGUUGCUGUCCCUGAUCCUGCGCCCUCUAGUGUCCUUUAAACCCACCUUUACACCAAUGAGAGUGGCCCUGGCUGGAACCCACCACUACUACAGCUGUGACCGCGCCAAGCAGGACCUGGGCUACAAACCGGUAGUCAGUCUGAAGGAUGGGAUAGCACGCACAGUGCAGAGCUACCCUCACCUCAGACAAGGGGCUUGAAGGUAGAAUAGAGGUUAAGACUGUUGAGAAAUGUAAGGCUGUACAGUUACACUCACUGACAAUAAGGUGAUCAGGUCAGUCUGAACGGACAAUUCAAAACGAGCCAGUUUAUCUUUAUCCAAACCUCACUAUAUCUAGCAUUUGUGUGCCUUUUCAAUGUUUAUGUACAAUUCUUACCAGCAGAUGGCAGCAAAUGGUUCUGGUUUUAGUCAACACACACUGCAGUCUGGCCUAAGCAAAGUUUUAAAGCGCUUGGUAAACAGUGAAACCACUGUUUAUGACAAUAUACUGAUCUUGCACUGUGGAAACUGCAAAAAGACAAAAAAUGUUGUUCCAUUUUCAUCCGUGUGCUGUUCACACAUUGAGAUGCUCUUGUUUAUGUCAAAAUGCCUUAAUAAAUUCCACUAAACCAUGAUUCUCCCAAUACAACUUGCAAUAAAAUAAUUGUUUAAAAUGAA